AGUGGGAAGCAGGACCUAGCAGAGCACUGUCAUGCAGAGGGCCCCGGGCAGGGUGGGGCACAAGCCACUAGUGGCAUGGGCUAAACCACCUGGCAGACCCAGGAGAGGAAGAGAGACACCCAGGGGGAACCGGUGAGGACAGCGAGAGGCUGGUGGGUUAGUCAUCUGGCAUCAGACGGUGGGUGUGCCAGGAAGAGCUCCCAGACACAGCAGGAAUAUCUGAACGAUGGGUGGGGGCAGUUCCCAGUCAGCGAGAGUCGGGGCUGGAUUAAGUAUCCUUAGCUGCUGGGGUUUUUCUCUGGCCAGUCUGGGAAGGCCUCUGAGGGCAAUUCCUCUUCACUCUGUCCUUGGCCCAUGUGGGGUUGGGUGAGUGCACUGAGCUGGGAGGGAUGUGCUGAGAUCUGCUGAGGUGGGUGUGCCCCUCCCACCCAGAGAGCAGGUCCUACCAGCCCAGCCCAGCCCAGAGCAGACAGCGGAAUCCAGCUUGGGGCAGCGCAGAGCAACACGGAGCACAGGUCUCUGCUGCUGACGAAGCUGUGACCAAACGCACCCAACCCUUGGCAGCCAUCUGUCCCUGCAGCCAUAGCCCACAUUCCCAUACCCUCCCUCUGCUUGUUUCGGGACCAUGUCUGUACAGCCUCCAGGCCCCAGCCCCGGAGGUGAAGGCCAUGACAUGACUCUGGUGUGCCCCAUGGCAUCCCCAGCCUAGCUCCCAUUCCCACUUUGGCACAAUGUUGGCCAACAGCUCCUCAACCAACAGUUCUGUUCUCCCGUGUCCUGACUACCGACCUACCCACCGCCUGCACUUGGUGGUCUACAGCUUGGUGCUGGCUGCCGGGCUCCCACUCAACGCGCUGGCCCUCUGGGUCUUUCUGCGCGCGCUGCGCGUGCACUCGGUGGUGAGCGUGUACAUGUGUAACCUAGCGGCCAGCGACCUGCUCUUCUCCCUCUCGCUGCCCCUUCGUCUCUCCUACUACGCACUGCACCACUGGCCCUUCCCCGACCUCCUGUGCCAGACGGCGGGCGCCAUCUUCCAGAUGAACAUGUACGGCAGCUGCAUCUUCCUGAUGCUCAUCAACGUGGACCGCUACGCUGCCAUUGUGCACCCGCUGCGACUGCGCCACCUGCGACGGCCCCGCGUGGCGCGGCUGCUCUGCCUGGGCGUGUGGGCGUUCAUCCUGGUGUUUGCCGUGCCCGCCGCCCGCGUGCACAGGCCCUCGCGCUGCCGCUACCGGGACCUCGAGGUGCGCCUAUGCUUCGAGAGUUUCAGCGACGAGCUGUGGAAGGGCAGGCUGCUGCCCCUCGUGCUGCUGGCCGAGGCUCUGGGCUUCCUGCUGCCCCUGGCGGCGGUGGUCUACUCGUCCGGCCGAGUCUUCUGGACGCUGGGGCGCCCCGACGCCACGCGGAGCCAGCGGCGGCUGAAGACGGUGCACCUCCUGCUGGCCAACCUCGUCAUCUUCCUGCUGUGCUUCGUGCCCUACAACGCCACGCUGGCGGUCUACGGGCUGCAGCGAAGCAAGCUGGUGGCGGCCAGCGUGCCUGCCCGCGAUCGCGUGCGCGGGGUACUGAUGGUGAUGGUGCUGCUGGCCGGCGCCAACUGCGUGCUGGACCCGCUGGUGUACUACUUCAGCGCCGAGGGCUUCCGCAACACCCUGCGCGGCCUGGGCACUCCGCACCGGGUCAGGACCUUGGCCACCAACGGGACGCAGGUGGCGCUCGCGCAAUCCGAAAGGUCCACCGUCACCACGGACGCCACCAGGCCGGAUGCCGCCAGUCAGGGGCUGCUCCGACCCUCCAACUCCUACCCUCUGUCUUCCUUCACACAGAGUCCCCAGGAUUCCGCCCUCUGAACGCACACCAUGCCACAGCGCCGUCCGUGCCCGACUCCCAACGCCUCUCGUUCUGGGAGGCUUGCAGGGUGUGCACACAAGAAGGUGGGCUGGGCACUUGGGUCUUUGGGUGGCAACUCCAGCUUAGCAACGCAGAAGAGUACAAAGUGUGGAAGCCGGGGGCCCGCGGAAGGCAUUGAUGCUGGAAAUGGCUUCUUUAAACUGUGAGCACGCAGAGAACCCCCGUCUCCAGUGGUGGGAAGUGAUGCAGAGAGCCCACCCGUGCAGAGGGCAGAAGGGGACGAAAUGCCUUUGGGUGGGCGGGGAAUUAAACUGCUAAAAGCUGGUUAGAUGGAACAGAAAAUGAGCAUUCUGGAUUUAAACCGCCACAGGGGCCUGAGAGCUGAAGAACCCCAGGUUUGGUGGACCAUGCUACUGAGAUGCCUGUUCAUCUGCUGACUUCUGUCAUGGAUGCCACCCACUUUCAUUUCGGCCUAGGCUUCCCCUGCUCACCAUUGAGGCCUAAUACAAGAGUUCCAUAUAGACAGAACUAGGUUCUUUCUCGCACAGUGACUUGUGACAAUUUAGACCUGGCACCCAGCAUAGGACAGUUGGGGCAAGGCAAAACUGGCUUAGAGUUUCCUCCUCGCCAAAAUCCAAGUCCAGACCCUUUUUAGGUUAUCCUUUCUUCCAUCACUCCCCCUUUUCCAGGCCUCCUCCGUUUUAGAUCCUUAAUAUUCU